AAUCACCGCCAGCGACAGUGAAAUCUCUGCACUGUAGACAUUUUCAGCGACGCGGUUGCUCUGAGACUGAAUCGAACGAGAUUUUCAUCGAAUCAUUCUCCUCCUUCUCUAUGGAAUCGAAUCAAGAUAUUCAGAAUCUCAAUCUGGCAAUCCAGAAACUCAUACAGGCGAAGCAAAGCAAAGGUGAUGGUGAUGGUUUCAUGGAAGACGACGAGCAGCUUCUUCUCCUUUCCAGGUUGCUCUCCCAGAUGAAAUCAUUAAAAGAAGAUGAUAAGUUAAAGCAAUCCGAGGGGUUAAUUGAACAAAAGGAGAAAGAGUCUGCUGUGGGAGGCAAAGCAGAUGCAAAGAAUGAAAAUGCAGGUCAGGGAGAUAAUGAGCAUAGCAAAAUUAGCCUGGAGGAGAUUGCCAAGGAGCUUAGAGCGUUAAAGAUGGUAUAAGCCAUCCUUUCAGAUCCUUGGGAAGUAUG